AAACACGGAAGUACUUAAUGCUAGCUAGAAAGCUAACAAUACAAGUCAUUUGGCGUAAUCACCUGAAGCGUCCUGCAUUUUAGUAACCAUAACUACUUUGUUUACUUUAACCAGACUGUUUUGGUUGACAACUGCAGCAGGGACUGAUAAGUAAUAUGAAGUCCGUUUAAAUAGCAGUUAUUUUACCUAACAAUGUUUAGCAAGUCGUAUCAGCUGCUCCCUCAGAGGGACUCCACCAGUCCGAGGACUCCUGGCUUGUUUGUGGACACUGAUGGCUUCACACAGCGCGGCUAUCACAAAGGACUUUCAUUUGACAACAUGCCCAAUGUUUCUAAAAACGACUUCACUGAUACCUCCCAAGGAUGGGUGUCCUGGAUUUGCAACCUGAUUGUCAUCUUCCUCGUCUACAUCUGCACCUGUAUAACAUUUCCUAUAACAGGAUGGUUUGUACUGAAGACAGUGCCUAACUACCAGAGGAUAGUAGUGUUUCGACUGGGUCGAGUCUGUCCUCCGAAGGGCCCUGGUAUUGUCCUUGUGCUGCCCCUCAUUGACCAGUGGCAGAGAGUGGACCUGCGAACACGUGCUUUUAACAUCCCUCCUUGCCAGGUGCAUACUCGGGAUGGCGCAGUGCUGUCAGUGGGAGCAGACAUCCAGUUCAGGAUCUGGAACCCUGUCAUGUCAGUAGUAUCCGUCCAGGACCUGAACGCCUCAACGAGGAUGACUGCACAGAAUGCUUUGACCCACAGCCUGGACAAGAAGACUGUUAGGGAGAUCCAAACUGAGAGAGUUAAACUGGGAGAAUAUCUUGGGAUGGACAUAAAUGAGUUGACUCAACACUGGGGGCUGGAGGUGGACAGGGUAGAGCUUACCCUCGGCUCUCUACUAAAAGCACCAGAUGAAGGCACCUCUGGACCCCUCAUCAUGCCUACCGCUGUGCCUGGACUGGAAGGUCUCACUGGCCCCAUUCAGCAGUUGGCCAUGCACUUUCUGGCCCACAGUGGCAGUUCACAGCCUCAGCAAGAGGACAGCAUAACUUUUACAGAUGAGUUUGGCAGUGCCCCUCAGGCAGUCAUGGCCACACCAGGUUCUGUUGAAGAGCUACUUGGCAGGGUCGAGCUCCUGCUCUCUGAAACUUUGGUCCACCAAGUCGGGGCCUGCUUCCAGUUUGACAUAAGCUCUGAAGAUGGACAACAUCACAGUUACUAUAUGGACUUGAGCCAAGGCAGCGGUUCAGCUGGAGCAGGGUCCUUGUGCAGAGAGCCAGAUGUGACACUGAGUAUGAGUGACCGCGACCUUCUAGCCAUGUUCCAGGGUGGGCUACGGCCAUUUGCAGCUUACACCAGUGGCAGACUUAAAAUCCAGGGAGACAUUGAGACUGCCAUGAAGCUGGAAAAACUCAUAAACCUACUUAAGAAGUAGCAAUCAUUGUAACAUUUGUAUAUUAAUUUAUUAAAUCCUUAAUUUUAACUGUAAAGUACAUGUUUUUUAUGGAUUCACUGAUUACAUUUGGUAUAAACUGAUUUCUGUUA